AUGGGAAGCAUCAUCUUGGCUGUGUGCUUCAGCAUGUCCAUCGAGGGCUACUCCGGUGUCCAGACGGAGCGAUUGCUAGACACCCUUUGGCUGCUAUUCACAUCCUGGGCUGCUACGUUCACUUUUGUGGCACUGUGGCUGGCACUUCGCUUCCAGAUGAAGAUAUCGGGCAGCGCUCGUGAGCGCUUGCUGAGGCGUCAUCGCUUCAUGGUGCCCGAUGACCUGGUUGUUGGCAAGAUGGGAGGGGAGAACCUGGUCGAUCAGAUGGCGGACUUUCACAAUUGGGUGCUCACCACCAUGGAAGAUAUGACCUCAGCGCAAACCGAUGAGGAGACCCUCCAGCAGAAAUGCGAGCCGAUCUUUUUGAAGCAGGGAGCGCGGCCUUUGCGGGUGCCAGUGGAAACUUUGGACGAUGAGAUCCUUGACACGGAGCCUUUGCGGAAAGGUCUUCACGCCUGGCUUCAUGAGUCUGGCGAGGGCUACUCGCAACACAAGACUCUAGACGUGCCGUACUUCCUCCUGGGUGAGACCUGCUUGCGGCAGCCUUGGGUGCUGCAAGCUGAUGGGCCUUCCUUGAAGAUUCGAGUGUUUGGGGAUGCCACCCUGUACGUUUCAGCUCAGUGUGUCCCAGGCGACGCACCGGUAGCGAAGUCGGGCUCAGUGGGUGGCUCCUCACCGUCCAGUCCGGUGAGUGCUGCUGGCGUCAGAAAGGCACUGCGCCUCGAGAGCAGCGUUCCGGCGUGGCCCGGCGAUGAGCUACCACUGGUUCGGACAGGCUUCAAUGAAAAGUGGCGAGGGGAGAGUGGCUACGGCGAAUUUCGGCGCGUGGAAGGUUUUUCCAUUUUUGUGGAUAUGGAGAGAGCUAUGGCCCGGUAA